GACCCUACACGUAAACUUUGACUUCUGACUUUUCUCAUCCUCUUCUUCCCCUAGAUUUCACGUCUCUUAAAUCUCCCCUCCCUUGAUUUCAGCCAUCAGUUUCUUGAAUUCUCCGUCCGAUUACAGACAUGGAGCACCGUACGUUAGAAAUCAAUGUUAUGUCGGCGAAAGAUCUGAACAAAGUGAAUCUGAUUUCCAAGAUGGAUGUGUACGUGGUCGUUUCGAUCUCCGGCGGAGACAAGAAGUCAAAUCAGAAGGCCAAAACCCCCGUUGACCGUUUGGGCGAUACCAAUCCGUCCUGGAAUUCUCCGAUGAAGUUUACCAUCGACGAGGCCGCCGCGCGCCAGAACCGGCUGACUCUCGUGUUCACGGUCCGCUGCGACCGCGCUCUCGGCGACAAGGAUAUUGGGGAAGUCUGGGUUCCGAUUAAGGAGCUUCUUGAUUCUCCGGCGGCCGCCGGGAGUGGCAAGCAGUUCGCGAGUUAUCAGGUGAGGAAACCGUCCGGGAAGCCGAAGGGACAGUUGACGUUUUCUUAUCAGUUUGGGGAGAAAAUUAGUGGCGGCGCUACGGCGGCGGUUAAUAAGGUGGGUGAGCCUGUUAAAACUUAUCCUCCGGUUGGACCGGCGUUCGGUUCCGGUUCAGUUGCGGCGGCUCAUAAGGUGGAUGAGCCCGUAAAAGCUUAUCCUACGGUUGGACCGGCGUUCGGUUCCGGUUCAUAUUAUCCGCCUCCUGAGCCGGUGACUGCCUAUCCGGCGGUUGGAUCUAGUUCUGGAUACGCGCCGCCGCCGCCGCGUGAUGUGGCAGCUGGUGGCGGUGCAUACCCAGCGCCGGGGUAUCCUCCACAGGGUGGCCCACCUCCGCCGCCAGGAGGAUAUGCUCCACCGCCGACAGCAUUUCCUCCCGCCGGGUAUGGAUACCCGCCGCCGCCGCCUUACGGUGGGUACCCACCGCCUCCACCAGCCGGGUACGGGUACCCGCCGCAACCCGGGUACGGAUAUCCACCGGUGCAACAGCCGGCGAAGAAGAAUAAAUUCGGAUUAGGAUUGGGGGCCGGGCUGCUCGGCGGUGCUAUCGGCGGUAUGCUGAUCGGAGAUGCAAUUUCUGAUUCGGCUGCUUAUGAUGCCGGAUACUCUGAUGGAUUUGAUUCUGGGUUUGACUUCUGAUCGGCGAUAACACUGUCACUUUGAGUACUUUCAUUUUACAUAAUUUCACCAUCCUGUGUAUUCCAAAAUUGCAAUAUAAUCAAGUUUUUUUUUUUUUUUUUU